ACCACGUCGUCAACAACACUAACUCUUCCAUUCAACCCGAUUCAACUCGACUCGGCUCGGCCGAGUCACAUCAGUAGUGUCAUUUCCCUUCGUUAUUGUUCAUGCCAUUUCACUUUCCUUCUUCUCUUCAGUUUUUUUUUUUGGCAGAUGGAGUCAAUUCAGCAAAACUAUUAUGAUGAUUCUGUGGAGCAUGAAUCUAAUAUUCCUCCAGGUUCACCUCAUAUAAGUGACGCAAGAGUUGGUGAAGAAUACCAGGUGGAGAUCCCCUCUAUGAUAGAAGAAGCAGAAUGGCUUCGACUUCUUGUAAAUCCUGCUGAUCCAGAAAUUAUGGGUGAUAGUUCACUUUCCUUUGCAAUUGGUUUGCCCCUCUCAGUUACAUGGAUGCACAAUGAAGGUUAUCUUGCAGAUAUUGAUGGAGACAAAAAUUCUGAUCAACUGGCUAAAAAUAAAAAUUAUGUAUUGGCCCCUGGCACAUUGAGCAACUCCUGGAGUGAAGCUGAUGCAAAAAGUUUUCUCCUUGGUUUGUUUAUUUUUGGGAAGAAUUUUAUCAAGAUAAAAAGAUUAUUAGAAAACAAAGGGAUGGGGGAAAUGCUGUCAUAUUACUAUGGAAAGUUUUAUAAGUCUGAUGAAUAUCGUAGAUGGUCAGACUGCAGGAAGACUAAAGGAAGAAAAUGCAUUAUGGGACAGAAACUCUUUUCUGGGCAGAGGCAACAGGAACUAUUAUCUCGAUUGAUUCCUCAUGUAUCAAAAGAAUCUCAAGAUAGUUUGCUGCAGGUUUCUCAGUCAUAUGUUGAAGGAAGAGUUUCUCUUGAAGAAUACAUUUUAUCUAUGAAGUCUACUGUUGGACUUGGUGUUCUCGUGGAGGCAGUUGGUAUUGGAAAGGAGAGGGAAGACCUUACAAGCCUUGAUGUGGAACUUGGGAAGAACAACAAUUGGGUUUUUUCAGCACCAACUAGUAAAGCUUGGUCUUCUCUUGGACCCAGUGAUAUAAUCAAAUAUUUGACAGGAGGAUUGCGACUGAGCAAAGCCAAAAGUAAUGAUCUCUUCUGGGAAGCUGUUUGGCCUCGGUUACUGGCGAGAGGUUGGCACUCUGAGCAACCACAACAUCACAGUUAUGUCUGCCCCAAAGAUUAUCUAGUUUUUCUAAUCCCUGGUGUUAAGAAAUUUUCAAGGAGAAAACUUGUAAAAGGUGAUGAUUACUUUGAUUCUGUCAGUGAUGUCUUGAACAAAGUAGUUGCUGAACCUGGUCUUCUCGAGCUUGAAGAUGAAACUAGAGUUGGUAGCGGCAAUGAAGAGCAAGAAAAGGGAUUGAAUAAGGAUGAUCAAUGUAAUUAUCGUCGUCAAUGUUACCUCAAGCCCCGAGCUUCUACCACUGAUCAUAUAAAAUUCAUGGUUAUUGAUACUAGUUUGAUGCACAAAGGGAAGUUUUCUGAUAUAAUGGAAUAUAAAUCUGCACCUGUUAAGUUAGCUGGUAAAAUUGAGGCAAAUGCUGCUGGUAUUACGACUAAAGGGGCCAAACAAAUGAGGAAAGUAAACCAUAGCAAGGAUCUGUCUGAAAAAGUUAAUAAAAAGUUGACAAAGUUCACAGUUAUUGAUACCAGUAUGCUUAAUGUAGGAAAAUUAUUGAGAGUGAGAGAACUGAGAUGUCUUCCAGUUGAAUUAGGGUGUGCAUCUAAGAGGACUGUUCUCUCAAGAGAAAGAAAGGAUAGCUCUUCUAGUGACAAAAAGAAUAUUAGUAAUACUAAUAGCCGAAAAGGCAUAUCUGAGAAUCAUGGUACCAGUAAAAAAGAAGCAAAUGAUAAACCAGAUAAUAAUGCAAACAAGAUGGUGGAAAGGCAGAAAAAUCAGAAGAUCCGUGUGUCUAAUGAUAAUCAACUAAAGAGAACCGUAAAACAUCAGUUCAGUCGGAGGGCAAGAGCAGAUCAUUGUAACCAAACAGUUCUUCCCAUUAAAAGGAGGAGAUUGACAGCUUGUGUUAAGGCAGAGACCAGCCGCGCCAUUGAAAAUUCCUCAGGAGGUUUGGAAUCUGAAAAUUUGGCAUUCUCUCAGUCAUCAAGCUUUCUAGAUCCCAACCAAAAUCUUCGUGAUUCAGUUAGUCUUCAGCAGAAUGGAAGUUCAGUUGCUUCUCCAGCUGGUGGAAGUGUGGAAGUGAAUAAUGAGGAAACCAUUCUGAAUGAAAAGUGUCAACACAGGAGCAGUUCUUGUGUUAAAGUUGAGAAAUGUGAAUCACAGAUGCUGGCCACCUUGAACACACCCCAGGUUCCAUUGAAUUCCAAAGACAGUGGACACAGGCAGUGCCUAAAGGCAAAUGAUCCAUAUUUGUCAAGUGAUGCUCAGGGGGUUGUUGAGAAGCCAGAAAGAACUUCUCAUGAUGUUGGUUCUGUGGAGCAGCAGUCAGAUACAAAUCCUAGGAGACAGAGCAGAAGAAAUCGACCAUUGACAGUUAAAGCAUUGGAGUCUCUAGAAAAUGAAUUCUUACAGGUGCAAAGGAAGCAAAAAAGGAAAGAUAUCCUGCCACAUAUAGAUGCUUUCAGCCCUUGCCGCAGGGCUCGUACAAGAGGCAAAACAAAUCUGCAUCGUCGCAAUUCUGAUCAUGGCACUGCAGUUGUCAAAGAAAAGCAUUUGAUUGGAGAUGAGAAAAUGGAGGUUGUGGAGCUGGCGGAAUAUUUCCAAGCCACUAAAUUAGAUUAAAGAGCAGAAUCUAUUCUACUAGGUAUCACUGAAGCUGCACUCAUCAUGGAUGUUUGGUUUUCAGAAACAAAAUGGAUUUUCAAAGUACUGAUGUUUCUACUGUCUGACAUACAAAUUGUGUUCUAAAGGUGUGAGAGUUCUGUACAGAAUUUUGCCAUAAUUUAAGAGAAUGUUACCAA